AUGGAGAGCGAGCAGGGGAGGGCCGCGGUGGACAUCAUCUCCCUGGCCGUCUACUCCUUCACCUUCCUGCUGGGCCUGCCCUCCAACCUGCUGGUGCUGGCCGUGUACCUGCGCAAGGCCCGGAAGCGGGGGGCCACGCCCUGCGUGGUCUACGCCCUCAACCUGUGCGUCGCCAACCUGGCGCUGGUGGCCUGGCUGCCCGUCAUGGCCCUGGAGACGGCGGCGCGGGGCUGGGCCCUCCCCCUGCCCGUCUGCCUGGCCUACAGCUUCUUCCUGGUGGCCUCGCUCUACGGCAGCUGCCUGUUCCUGGCGGUGACGGCGGUGGGGCGCUACCUGGGCGCCGCCUACCCCAUCAGCUACAAGCUGUACCGCAGCGGCCGGCUCUCCUGCGGCGUCAGCGCGGGCCUGUGGGCUCUGGUGCUGCUCCACCUGGGGCCCGGCCUGGCGGCGGAGGGCGGGGCCUACUUCACCCACCCGGCGCCGCUGGGCAACGGCUCCACCUGCUUCCAGGACUUCACCGCGGAGCAGCACCGCGUGCUGCUGCCGCUGCGCCUGGAGAUGGCGCUGCUGCUCUUCCUGCUGCCGCUGGCGGCCACCGCCUUCUGCACGCUGCGCUGCGUGGCGCUGGUCCGCCGCUCCUGCCUGCCCGCGGGCCGCAAGCGGAGGGCGGCGGCGGUGGCGUGCGCCACGCUGGCCGUGUUCGUGGUCUGCUACGGGCCCUACAACGCCUCGCACGUGGUUGGGUUCGUGGCGGGAGGCACGGUCGGCUGGAGGAAGGAGGCCAUGCUGACCAGCGCCUGCAACGUCUUCCUGGAGCCCGCCGUGAUGCUGCUGCUCUCGCCCCCCAAUCGCCUGCCGGGAUUGGCUGGGAGGCUGUGCGGGAGGGCGGGGCAUGGGAAGACUGUCACAAACAGACACUGA